UCAAAACCAUCCCCAUAAACAUAAGAAAAUCCAUCGAACUCCAUUGUUUUCCUCUAUAUCUCCACAUUUCAUGACUACAAACUCCAUAAAAGGCAUCUCCUCUGUUUUCUCUGUGUCUUUCUCUUUCAAACCCUUGGGGAUAGAAUCCGUCAAUCCCUUGUCUCACGCUUACCAUUUCCAGAGAACCACCCAAAACAAAAGCAAAAACAAAAACACAAAAAAACGACUACUUCCAAAAAAAAAAAAAAAUUACAAAACCACUAAUAGAAAGAAAUACCCUCUCUGCAGAAAAAAAAAACCGCUUUUCUCAUCCCAAAACCACCUUCCCUCUCAUACCCACAUCCCAAAAAGCAGUUUUUUUUUUUUUCUUCUUUUCUUUUCUUUUCUUUUCUUUUUCUUCCAAACAAACCCAAUUGGGUCGUUCAUUAAUUCAUUUCUUUCUCACGGAAAAGGGGUUUGUUUUCGGGUUUUGCGUUCGAGGAAGGUGCUCGCUAACGUGCGCCGGGUGCGUAGGGAAAGAGAAGAGGGAGGAGGAGGCGGCGGUGGCCGGACGCGUGGAGGGUGGUGAUCAUGUUGGGGAGGUGGGGUACAUGGGAGGAGCUUCUCCUUGGUGGGGCCGUGCUGCGCCACGGGACGCGAGACUGGGCCGUCGUGGCCACGGAGCUCCGAGCCCGACUUGUUUGCCCGACCCACACUUUCACUCCCGAGGUAUGUAAGUCCAAAUAUGAGGACUUGCAACGGCGUUAUGCUGGAUGCACGGCCUGGUUUGAUGAGCUACGGAAGGAGCGAAUGACUGAGCUGCGGCGAGCUUUAGAGCUGUCUGAAGACUCAAUUGGGUCCUUGGAAUCAAAGCUUGAAUCUCUCAAGGCUGAGAAAAGACAUGACUAUCAUGUUGGUUAUGGCUCCAGCCAGACUGAAUCACCUGUUCCUUUUCAAAAAUCAAUGAGAGUUGAAUCUUCCAGUAAAGAAAUGUCGAAGGAUGGACUAUCUGCUGGUAGUUUCACAGAGGAAACCCGUACUUAUUGGACGGCUGAAUGUCGGAUUCCUGCAGCAGUGUCAGCUGAAGAGAUGGAGACUAACCCAGAAACUUCACGGCCUUAUGAGCAGAAGAAAGUCUCUGGUAUUGAGAAGCUGACAGAGACUUUAUAUGGGGGACGAGGCGGAAGUUUAACAAAGAGGAGGGGGAAGAGAAAGAGAAAAUUCUGCAGUAGGGAUGUCAAUGAAGGUAGCAUUGGAGAAACUAACGUUUUGGGUUCAGAUGAUUGUUUAACUGCCUUGCGUUGUACAGAAAAUGCAACCAGCAACCGUGGUGAGGUUGCAGGAUCUUCUGGUGCUGAUGAUUAUAACAGAAAUUUGAGCAAGGAUGGAAUCGAUGAUCUGAUGGAGAUUUAUAACUAUCUUUUGGAGAAUAAAAGUGCCUCCGUCUUCCGUCGACGGCUUGAUAGCCAGAAGAGGGGAAGAUACAAGAAAAUGAUCCGGCGGCAUAUGGAUUUUGACACAAUAAGAUCAAGAAUUGGUAGCUACUCCAUCACAUCAGCAUUGGAACUCUUCCGAGACCUUCUGCUGCUCAGCAACAAUUCCUUGGUCUUUUACUCCAAGAGCACACGUGAAUAUAAAUCUGCUCUACUCCUCAGAGACCUCAUCACCAAAAAAAUGCAGCAACAUUUCAAGCGUUCUAGCAGCAGCAGCAAGGCUACCUCUGCCAACCUCUCAGUUAAAACCCCAACACCUAAUCGGGCAGUGAAACCCCGAAGCAUUCGCCCCAGUAGUGGAAAGGUAUCAGGAAAAGCAGCUAAUGCUGGGAAUGCUGUUACAAAGACCUCAAAUGGAGGUAAAGUUCCAGGUUAUGCUAAUUCCCCUUCUUCAGUAGAAUCCUUGGCUGUGUCAAAAAAAGGCCUUGGUCGGCUAAGAAAAGGUGGGCGUGGAAGUGUUAAUCAAGGACCCAUUUCUCCCAUGAAGGGAAGGAAGAGGGUUCGAACCAAGUAAAUACGCCAUUGAACCUACCUUUUUCCUCAGCUCUUGUCCCAGGCUAUAGAGUCAGCUAAGUUUCUCUUUCCAGGACCUUUCUGUGUACAAAAAGUUUUCCCUUUUUGUUUGUUAAUAUCUCUGUUGAUAAAACGAUUCGCAAGAAUACAUUGUAUACAGUUUACACUCACAUAAGAUGGAAAAUAAUUUUUUUUUCUUUUGCUUUU